UUUAUAAAUGUACUUCUUAGUGCUUACCUAUAUAUAUUAUAUUUAAAUCAAUAAAUAAUAUUAAAAUUCUGGUUCCUUACUUACCUAGUCUUCAAUAAAUAUGAUUUUUAAUUCAUUGAGAAUUUGUAUUGUUUUGCUAUCCAUCAUAUUGGUAAGUUUGCCUAAUAUCAAUGGACAAUCAGAAUCGAACCGAGAACUUUAUGACAUCGAAGGUACAGUUAUGCUGCCUAAUUUAACAACUUCCUGGUUGGCCGAAACUGUUAUACAACUUAAAGGAGGUGAAGCAAUUGGUUUUCUUAGGAAAAAUGGUUCUUUUCUAAUUUCUAAAGUACCAUCAGGAUCAUACAUUGUUGAAGUAGUCAAUCCAAAUUAUGUCUAUGAACCAAUCAGAGUGGAAAUUAAUUCGAAGGGCAAAUACCGCGCCCGAAAAGUAAAUUACAUUCAAUCAUCUCAUGUACAUCAGAUGCCCUAUCCAUUGGAGUUUGUUAACUAUAUGCCUGCCAAAUACUUUUAUACUAGAGAACAAUGGAAAGUCACAGAUUUUCUUUUCAAUUCAAUGGUGUUAACAAUGGUGUUGCCUCUUCUUGCAAUAUUAGUUUUGCCAAAAUUAAUGAAUGAUCCAGAAACUAAAAAGGAAAUGGAACAAUUAACCAACUUAAAACAUGAUAUGCCUGAAAUGUCUGAAAUGAUAACCUCAUUUUUCACUGGAAAUUCACCAACUGCUGAGAAACAAAAAGAAAAAGCUAAGGCUAUAAAAAGUUCAAAAAAAUCCAACAAGAAUAAUUAAUGUAACAAUUGUAAAUU